AUGGGCCUCCUUGGGUACUUGAAGUCGAGUAAGAAAGCGGAGAAGGAGAAGGCACCACAAGCGUCAGACACAUCGAACAACGAGCAACCAGACUGGCGUGAGAAGCCACACCCACCCUUCGCACAAGAUGGUUCGGAAAACCCAAGGGCAUCAUUAUCUUCAACCAAGUCUGGAACGCCACGCACAAGCUUCAUGGAAGACAUCAGACACGAGGUCAUGGUUAACUACCUGUUCCAGCAGCAGUGUGCGAACUUGUGGAUUGGCGACAGCACGGGCUACACGGAAGGCAUACUGAUCCGCAAGCUAAGAGGCAGCUAUCUCGCCUGUCCUCCGGAUCUCAUUCACUCGCAGUUCGCCGCUGGUGUCAUGGCGUUGAACCUAAUGUGUGCCAUGACUGUCAACAGCCGUGUCGUGAAGACGUACCUUUCGUGGGUCCCUGAUGGCGCUGAUGUGCCGUUGAAAAACGGUCUUCAUGUGCAAGUCCUUCCCACCAUGGAGGACUUCAAGAAAGCAAGAAGUGCUCAGUCGGCGGCCUUUAUUCUUAACGAAGGUCUGCUGGUAGUUUGGGAUGAUGAGGCCGCUAACCUGAUACCCCGGGCAAAAGCAAUUGAGUCUGAGCUUAUGAACAUGAUCUGGAGUGCCGGAGAUGAGCUCCAGGACGACGACACCAGCCCUGACCAGGACAACAAUAAGAAGGUGCCGCGAGUAACUUUCGAAGAAGUGGACGAAGAGAGCGGCGAACUGCUACCCGAAAAGCGACCCACCCACCUCAUGAACACAGUCCUGGUUGGUGUGACACUCUUCCUGAUCACGGUCAUGUUAGGCGCUGGCUUUCGCCAGAUUGGCAUCGCCACCGCGGUCGAUCACAACUACCUGAGGGUAGCCUUCGUUCUCCUCACUCCGGUGCAGAUCUUCUUCACGCUUUUCUUCGCACAAGUCAUUGUGGGUUGCGUCGCUCAAUGUAUUGGGCCUAUCAAGCAGAUGCGGGAGAACAGUCGCUUCUAUUCCGCCAUGCUGCCUCGACGACUGACCACCCGACCGUUGCCGCACGUCACCGUGCAGUGUCCAGUCUACAAAGAAGGUCUCGCCGGCGUCAUUGCGCCAACUGUCCGCUCAGUGAAGAAGGCAAUUUCCACAUACGAACUUCAGGGUGGUACAGCUAAUAUAUUCAUCAAUGAUGAUGGACUGCAGCUUAUUGACGCCGAAGAGAGGCGAGCACGGAUCAACUUCUAUGCAGACAACUGCAUCGGCUGGACAGCUAGACCGAAGCAUAACUCGGACGGCUUCAUCCGCCGUGGUAAGUUCAAGAAAGCUAGCAAUAUGAACUUUGGCCUUAUGUUGAGCAACAAUGUUGAGACGAAGCUCGCUGAGGUGCAAAGGCACGAGCUCUGGACCCAGAACGACGAAGCGGCCGAGUAUGAGAGAUGUUUGCAGGAAGUAGUCCAAGAACAUGGCCGGGCUUGGGCGGAUGGCAAUAUCCGAAUUGGAGACUACAUCCUCAUUAUUGACAGUGAUACCCGUGUUCCCGAAGAUUGUCUGCUUGACGCAGUCAGCGAGAUGGAGCAAUCACCACAAGUCGGCAUCAUGCAGUUCAGCUCUGGUGUGAUGCAAGUGGUUGGCGACUUCUUCGAGAACGGUAUCACAUUCUUCACGAACCUUAUCUACACCGCCAUCAAAUACACCGUCUCCAACGGCGACGUUGCACCCUUCGUCGGUCAUAAUGCCAUCCUCCGCUGGAGCGCCAUACAACAGAUCGGCUACUUUGACGAUGACGGUUACGAGAAGUUCUGGUCCGAAGCGCACGUUUCGGAAGACUUUGAAAUGUCCCUCAAGCUCCAGACCAACGGCUACAUCAUCCGUCUUGCCGCCUGGGCAGGCGAAGGCUUCAAAGAAGGCGUCAGCUUGACCGUCUACGACGAGCUUGCCAGAUGGGAAAAGUACGCCUACGGCUGCAACGAAUUGCUCUUCCAUCCCAUCCGCACAUGGCUGUGGAGAGGCCCAUUCACUCCCCUCUUCCGCAAAUUCCUCUUUUCCAACAUCCGCAUGACCUCCAAGAUCACUAUCAUCUCCUACAUCGGAACUUACUACGCCAUUGGUGCCGCGUGGAUCCUCACCUUGGCCAACUACUUCGCCAUAGGCUGGUUCAACGGCUACCUGGACAAGUACUACAUCGACUCCUGGAAAGUCUGGUUCUCCAUCGUCAUCGUCUUCAACGGGUUGGGCAACUUCGCGUUGGCUACAAUGCGUUACCGGAUUGGCGAGCGCAGCUGGUUCGGGAGCUUCAUCGAGAACAUCAAAUGGACGCUCAUGCUUGCCGUCUUCCUGGGUGGGCUAAGUCUGCACGUCAGCCAGGCGCUCCUAUCACAUAUGUUCGAAAUCAACAUGACCUGGGGCGCCACGUCCAAGGAGGCGACACAGACCAACUUCUUCAUCGAGGUCCCGCGUGUGCUCAAGAACUUCAAAGGCAGCAUCGGCUUCUCCCUCUUCGGCAUCGUCAUGAUGGUCAUACUGGCCACCGCCGAUUUCGUACCCUACAGCUGGCGCAUCAACGACUUCAUUGCCAUCCUGCCGAUGAGUACUGUGUGUGUCAGUCACUUUUUGCUGCCGAUCGCCUUGAACAGUGGUUUGAUGCAGUUUACUUUCUAA